GAUAGUUCGAUAGAUCAGUCUUCUAGCUUCUUGACCGGGUAUCUCAUGUCAUUCGACCUGUGUCCUGUAACACUACUCAAACCUUCUCGUAUCAUGUCCUCUCCGCUCCGCAAGCCUCCACCACGUAGGACGUACGGGAGACCCAGACCCGCAGCUGGGAACGAAGCGCCCACCACGACAAUCACGACGACAUUGACCACUCUUCAGUUUGGGAAACACGCCGAUUGGAGAAAGCAAAUCGAGGAAGAUGAAGUUGACGAUGAAGAUGACGAUGACGAGGUGGAUCUUGACAUCGGACUCGAUUCCGCCAACUCGAACGCCGAAACUUCAAUCAAACGACGAGCGCUGGAGAAAAUUCGUCGCAUACGCGAAGCAGAUCGUCUCAAAGAAGAAAGAGAACGAGCCGUUCUCUUGGCCAAGGCUCAACGGGCGGAAGAUGGGGAUGAGGAUGGAAUCGAGGCUCCUAGUAGUCAGAACAACCGGGGUGGUGGGUUCGGGAGGGAGAGGAAGAGAGUCGGGUAUGGGUACAUGUAUGGGAGAGGCGAUGCGGCGAGAGAGCAUAGGAGUGGGAGUGAGAGUGAUAAGGAGAAGGGAGACUUGAAUGGAGAAAAGUCGGACGUAUCAGACGUGGGCGAGGAUCGAGCCGAAGCACCAACGGCCUCGUCUUCUCUUCCCCCGCUCACCUCUUCCUUACCUCCGGCUUCUGCUUCUACCACUCGUCCGACCGCCCUGGAAGCCACAACAGCCAUCACCACCGGUAACAACCUCAACCGAGCAAUGUUCGGUUCCUCGACGCUGUCCCCUCCCUCAGGCCUCUCUCCGUCUCAUAGGCCGUUUCCGUUCUCUUCCCCCGCUCCUCGAGCAGGAUCACCCUCGGGAUCUCGCCAGGAGAGCCCAUCGCCAUCCCCGAUCAAACGACCACGGACUGGGACCGCUCGAGGGAGGGUGUUGCGGAGCUCAUCUCCCAGCGGGCUCGGUGCAGAGGAUGAUUUACAGCCGGAUUUGGGAGUAGGGAUGGACUUUGAGGAGACGUACGCCCCGAUCAAAGCUGGAGUAAGAAGACCCCGAGGGGACAGAGGAGGUGCGAGGAAGAAGGUGGUUGGCCUGGAUAGCGACGACGAGGAAUCCACAGCAGACGAGCACGGACGGGACGCAGAUCUGGAUGUGGGAGAUCGGACAAUCACCCCUUCUCGUCCGCAUGACGCAGACGGAUUGGCCAGCGAAGUCGGCGAAUCGGAGGAUGUUCUGGGUUCGUUCUCGACCCCUCGCAAGACGAAGCGGGACCGGUCGUUGAUCAUCGCUACUUCGGGGAUCUCGCCGGAGUCGCCUUCGAGGUUGAUGUCGAAGUCGAAUCUCAAGGCGAAUUCGAAAAGGCUCGGCGGCUCGGAUGGAGGGGAAGAUGCGGAGAUGGACAAGGAUGAAGAUGAUGAUGUGGAGAUGGACGGGAUUUUGGGAUCGCCAAGUGUAAGGCAGAGCAGGAAACGCGCUGGCAGAAUCGGGCAGGGAGAGGUGGAUAGCGAGGAGGACGGGAGGGUGGCCAAGGCACCCAAGAUCCGACCUCUUUCCAAGAAACAGCGCCUCGAGAUGGACCGAGAACAAGCCAAGAUCCGGGCUGAAAAACCGAUCAGACUCGCUCCGUCUGCCCGAGCUCGCCCGUCUGCGCCGGGAGCCAUGAUGGGUGGGCUGGGGAUGACCGAUUUCGUAAAAGCGACUCAGAACGCAUGGAUCUCCGCGAGGAGAACGACAGUGCUCGGACCUGCAAAGGAGACGAAACCGAUGACUCAGUAUGUCAAGCUAUCAAGCUUGGCACCGGGGCCUGCAGGAGCUGCCAAUACAUCGGAGGUUCCAAUCACCUCGGAAAAUCCUGGCGAGAUGCAGGAGGAAGAAGAGAUUGGGAAAUUCAGUAGCGGUGGAAAUAGGAAUAUCGGCGUGCUGACCGGAGGGCUGGGGUCGUCGCCGACCAACAAGGGUAAAAGCACAAUCAAGGGCAAAAUAACUUUGCGCUUGAGCAACCUGGACGGAGAUGACGAUGAUGAGGAGUUACCCGAACUCAAGGACGUGGUCGCCAAGAAAGAGCAAGAACGGUUGAUCGCUCGUAAACGUGAAGAACUCGCCCGUCAAAAGGCCAUCGCCUACAAGAGGAUUCAGGAGGAGAAGUUGCGCCAAAAUGGGGAUGACGAAGACGACUUGGUCAUCGAAGGAGUACCAGACUCGGUCAAGAAGCCGCCACCUGUCAAGCGGCAGAACGGGGGCACGGCUCGGGGAAUUUUCGAUCACGCUCGAGAGGCCAGACAGGGCAAGGGUCUCGACGCUGGACAGCGGCUGGCGGCGCUCGCAGGUGUCUCUACCAAGCAUCAGGAUACCAUCACGGAGAGCUUGGUUUUUCAUGCUGGUCGCGAUUUCGAUCACGCAAACAAGAAGAGAACUGGAGCUUUACCGUCCGGCUUGGAGAAGCGCAAGGUCCAGCUGAUCCCGAAGGACCGCUUAGAGGCGGACUUGCUCAAGAGACAGCGCGAGUUCAACUUGCAAGAGCGUCAGCGAAAGGAAAAAGCCAGUGGAGUCAAAGCUAGGCGGCUGGAGGAUAAAAAGCCAUUGGAGAUCGAGGAGUUGAUCAAGGACGAACGCUGGGACGAGCAAGCAAGCGAUGAGGAUCCAGAAGACGGUGAUUACAAGCCGGAAGUCGAAGCCGACGUCGAGAUGGAAGCGGUCGACGUUGGUAGCGAAGUCGGGGAUGACGAGCGGUCGAUCAUUUAUAGCGGGGAGGAGGAAGACGAAGCCGAACCAAUUGUUCGCGCCACGCCUUUCUCAGGCAACUCCGUCGGGCCCGACGAUGAAGCCGAGGUUGACCUGCCUCGCCGAUCCCGGCCUCGGAAAACGAUCGUUCAUACGAUAAGAGAUAGCGACGACGAAGAGGCUACACCCAAAGCAGCGACCAAGGCGUCCUUUGCCUUUGUGCCGCCGUCAAACUCAAGACCGGAUCUCGACAUUGCCAAUGCUGUGGAUCCGCUCGAAUUUGGGGCAUUCGGCGAGGACGAUGGAACGGAUUUAGGGGGAGGAUUCUCGCAAUUCUUCGGUGCGACCCAGGCUGGUGACAGCGAGGCCGACGCAUUCGGCGGCUUCGAUGUUCUGCGUCACGAUAAGACCGAUGCAGUUCUGACUACACAGGUUCACCUGCCGGACCCCAACAUCACUGCCACGGCUCGUCGCCGUAACGAGGAACUCCUCGAGGGCGAGAUGAUGCUGGACGCAGACUCUAUGGAUAUAGAAAAGGCUGAAGCAGAGAAAUACUUCAAUGACAAGGGACUCCUCACGCAGACACGUCCGACCGGACGAAUCCCUCUCACCAAGGCCGACACGUCGGUCAGUAUCACCAGCGAAGGCGCAUCCGAGAAUACUUCGAUGCUAUCGAUGGCUCUCUCUGCCACCUAUCGAUCGCCACCGUCCUCCACACGUCACGCUCAAGGCAGCGCCCCGAACACUGCGCUAGACGAAGCUGCGCCGUUACGUCGACUUAAGCCUCGGAGACCCUCUUCCAUACAUUCUUCCAACGACGAGCGUGAUGUCACGCAACCUAGUUCUGAGGCGCAUACAGGACCCAAUUCGGAUGCCUUGACGACGACCGAUAUCGCUUCGGAUCCCGCUCCCGUUGCUCAAACGCGGCCCAAGAAUGCGUUUGAUGUGCUCAAAGCAGCCCGUCCGAGUCGACCGAAACUGGAUCCUAAGACCAUAGCGGAACGAAAGGCACGGUUCGUCGAAGGGGAGGCCGAGGAAAGUGACGAAGAAAACGGUUGGGGUGGCGGCACCAGGCAAGACGAUAUCGAAGAGGACGAAGAUCCCGACGCCGUGCUGGAGGAACUAGUCGACGAUGCACAAAAGACGGCGGAAGAGCUCGAGAGGGAAGAGGAACAACGUCUCCAGAAAUAUAGAGAGAUUGCCGAACAGGACGAUGAAAAGAGCCGUAAGCUGGCAGAAGAUCUCACCAAAGGUAUCUACCGAACCGGGAAGAGCGGCAAGAUGGGCGACAUCGAAUUUUCGGACGACGAAGACGAAGAGCGCAAGAGCAAACGAGGGAAGAAACGCAGAAAGGAGCGCGAGCUGAAGGGCGUUGACAGCGCGUUCCAACAAGUCUAUGAAGAGCUCGCAGCGUCCAGCGACGAGGAAUUUGAGGAGCCAGAAGACGAUACAGCUGGCUUCAGCGUGCGUCUUUCCAGCCCGAUAGCAGAGGACAGCGUACCACAGAAGACGAUCAGCGACAAGGCGAGACAGCUAGCGAUUGAAAACAAACGGAGUCGUGACUUGGCUCUCUUAGAAUCAGCCAGUGAUACUGAGGGCUCGGAUGACGAGCAGUCUUCGUUCAAGCUUGAGCGCAACGACUCGCAGAGUCUCGCCCCGCGACCGUCGCUGGUUUCGCGUGAUUCUGCCAAGUAUGCCCGACACCUUGAAGGAGAAUCGCAGAGGAGUACCGAUACGCGCAAGAUUGGUGGAUCGAGUUCGGUAUCGGGCGCUGUAAAUAGAAGAUCAGGCCGCAGGUCAAGCUUUGGAGCUCCACUAGUCAACAAGGCGAGCAAGGCAAUGCCUCCACCUCGCGCUCAACCUAGAACGCUCGGCAGGGUUAUGGACAAGAGCGGACGCUUCGAUAAAGAUUAGGACCAGGAUUGUAUGACACAAUUGUAUCCAGUAUUCAGCCUUGUAGCCCACUUUUGAUAUACCACAUGCAUCUGUA